AUGGCCAAGGACAUCUAUGAUGACGUGGGCAGCUUUCAGCUUCGUCAGAUGGAUACGGGAGAACGAGUGGAGAGGAUGGUAGAUAUUUAUGAAAGUGUGGAUGCUGUUAGACCUCAGACAACCGGCACAGACCCUGAAACACGAACUCAUCAACCAGAUGUUCAUGUGAAAGAGGAGAAAGACGGUCUGUUCCAAACCACUGAAUCUUUGAAAGCAAACAGCACUGCAGAAAAGCAGAACUUCCUGUCCAGCAACCAAAACCUGACUGAAGAGAGAAAACAGCUGGAGAGACGAUAUCAGAUUCUGAUAGAGAAGAAAGACGAGAUAACCAACAACCUUAAAAACCUGACUGAGAGAAACACAAAGUUACUGAGGACGUAUGAAGAUUUAGUGAAGAUCCUUGGUUGGAAGAAAUUUGGAACAAGUUUUUACUACAUCUCUACUUGGGUAAAGACCUGGGCUGAGAGCAGACAGGACUGCAGAGAGAGAGGAGCAGAUCUGGUGAUCAUCAACAGCAGAGAGGAACAGGAAUUUAUAAAUAAUUUAAACAUUUACACCUGGAUUGGUCUAAGUGAUGUACAAUCAGAGGGGGGGUGGAAGUGGGUGGAUGGAUCAGCACUAACCACAGCGUUCUGGAGUCAGGGCCGACCUAAUAAUGACAGAAAUGAGGACUGUGUUCUUUUGUACUGGAGGUCUGGAAAUCUAUACAACUGGUUUGAUGUAUCCUGCUCUAACGUUUAUUACUGGAUCUGUGAAUUUCCACUGAAUUAA